AUGCCGUACCUGGGCGGCGAGGAGGCGCUGCGGGAGCUCCGCCGGGCCCUGUCCAACCCGCACGUGCAGGCGGACCCGGUGCGGUACCGCGCCGCCGUCCUGCGGGUCAUCCGGCUGAUGGCGCAGGGCGCCGACGUGUCGGGGGUGUUCCCGGAGAUGGUGAAGGCGGGCGCGGUGCCGGACGUGGUGCAGAAGAAGCUCGUGUCGCUGUACGUGCGGGCACAGGCCCCGCGGCAGCCGCAGCUGGCGCUGCUCGCCGUCAACUCCCUGCGCAAGGACUGCGCCCACCCGAGCCCGGCCGUGCGGGGGCUCGCCCUGCGAACCAUGUGCGGCCUCAGGAUGCCUGGGAUCCAGGAGUACCUGCAGCAGCCCCUCGUGAACGGGCUGCGGGACAAGGCCUCCUACGUGCGCAGAGCGGCCGUGCUGGGCUGUGCCAAGAUGGUGAAGCUGCAGGGGGACUGCGAAGUGGAUGGUGCACUAGUGAAUGAGCUCUACAGUUUGCUUCGUGACCAGGAUCCUAUUGUGGUUGUGAACUGUCUGAGGGCCUUGGAAGAAAUCUUGAAGAAGGAGGGAGGAGUUGUCAUCAACAAACCCAUUGCCCAUCAUCUCCUCAACAGGAUGCCUGACCUGGAUCAGUGGGGGCAGAGCGAGGUGCUCACCUUCCUGCUGCGCUACAAACCCCGCAGCGAGGAGGAACUCUUCGACAUCCUCAACCUGCUGGAUGGUUACCUCAAAAGCAGCAGCCCCAGCGUGGUGAUGGCAGCCACCAAGCUCUUCCUGGUGCUGGCCAGGGAGUACCCAGAUGUGCAGGCAGAUGUUCUGGUGCGGGUGAAGGGCCCGCUGCUGUCUGCCUGCACCUCGGAGAGCAGGGAGCUCUGCUUCACCGCGCUGUGCCACGUGCGCCAGAUCCUGGGGAGCCUGCCCGGCCACUUCAGCAGCCACUACAAAAAGUUCUUCUGUUCGUACUCAGAGCCCCACUACAUCAAAUGCCUGAAGAUGGAGGUGUUGUGUGAGCUGGUGAACGAUGAGAACGUGCAGCAGGUGCUGGAGGAGCUGAAGGGUUACUGCACUGACGUGUUGGUGGAGCUCGCCCAAGGGGCGAUCUUCGCCAUAGGCAAUAUUGCCAGGACUUACACAGAGCAGUGUGUGGGGAUUCUGACAGAGCUCCUGGGCCUUCAGCAGGAGCACAUCACUUCAGCGGUGGUCCGGGCUUUCCGGGACCUGGCUUGGCUGUGUCCCCAGUGCACAGAUGCCGUGUGCCAGGCACUGCCUGGCUGUGAGGACACCAUCCAGGACAGCGAGGGCAAGCAAGCACUGAUCUGGCUCCUGGGCACGCAUGGGGAGAAGGUCCCGAAUGCUCCCUAUGUUUUGGAGGACUUUGUGGAGAAUGUGAAGUCAGAGAUGUUCCCAGCAGUGAAGAUGGAGCUCCUGACAGCGCUGCUGCGACUGUUCCUGUCCCGUCCCGCCGAGUGUCAGGACAUGCUGGGCAGGCUGCUCUACUACUGCAUAGAGGAGGAGAUGGACAUGGCAGUGCGAGACCGAGGGUUGUUCUACUAUCGCCUUCUGCAGGCUGGGGUGGAAGAAGUGAAACGGGUCCUGUGUAGCCCCAAGUCUGACCCUUCUCUGGGGCUCCUGGGCAACCAAACCAAGCAACCUGUGAAUGCUUGGGCUUGGGAGUUUAACACUCUCAUCCCAGUUUAUGGCAGAGAACGCUGGGCACUCGCCACUGCUCACCAGCCUGUGGAGCCCUCCUACUCUGGUCCUCCUUGUACUGACUCCAGGAGCAGAGACACAGAGUCACUGAUUUCUGAGGGGAAUAAAGAAGUCCUCAAGGUUCAGCCCAGCACAGGCAGCCUGAGCCUGAUUCCUGAUGCUUCCUUGACUGCAGAACAGUUUGAGAAGACCUGGCUGAGCUUGGACACGAGCUGCCACCUCUCCCUGCCCUGGUGUGGGCCUGUCCCUCCAGACACCAUACAGACAGCCCUUCAUGUCGUCCACAUCCAGACUAUAGCCAUGAGCAAAGCGGGUGCCCAGCCCUGGAAAGCUUAUCUGAGUGCUCAGGAUGACACAGGCUGCAUCUUCCUGACAGAGCUCCUGCUCCAGGCGGCAGAUUCAGAGCUGCAGGUGUCUGUGAAGCAGAGUGAGGCAAAGCCAGAGGCACUGCAGAGCUUCAUCUCGGCCUUGAGGACAGUCCUGGAGGCCGUGGCUGGACUGGGGUCCUGACUGGUCCCUGCUCCCAGCAGGAUGCCUGCUCAGGGCACAGGAAAAGUUGAUUUCUCUGGCUUCAUUUGCCAUACCUGAUGCUGGUGUGGUACUUUUAAACUGCGGGAGUGUUGGCAGCCCUUUCCUGGGCCUAGGAAGCACAGUGUGGUGUGGGGGGAGCUGCAGCUGGAGCUGGUGAAGGGUCUGCCCUCCCCCUGGGCUGGGGGAGGGUCAGGGUGGUUCUGGAGUGAGUCACACAACUCAUCAGUGAUGGUCGUCAUGGGACACCAAUGCCAGUGAUGAAACCAGAACUGAGCAGAAUUCAGGGAUGUUCUUUGGAGAGUUUUUUUCCUGAGAAGUAUAAAUAAUUUAAAGAACAGUUCAGAGGCACCAGGACUCUGCUACUUACCUCACAUUGAGAGGAACAGUGCAAUGAAGAGAGGAGUGUUUUAUUCUUGGCUCCCUUUACAUGUGAUUUAGUUUUCUGUCUGAUAGAAGGGUUUUGAUGGGAGCUUCACUUAGGGGUGGACAGAGCUCUGCUGUGUCAGAGAUGGGUAGACAGGGUACAUCCUGCUCACUAGAACCAACAUGUUUCACUUGCAAUAGAAAGAAGCUGAAAUGUGUUACUGAGGUCAUGAAUUGCCUCUUCUGAAGUUCCCCCUCAGCUCCCUGUGCUGUUGCCAUACUGAAGAGACUCCUUGGCACAAGGGUGGUGCACACAGGUGAGGCACAGGUUACUCUGACAGGGCUUUGUGGUACUAUGUAAUGAGCACAGGCUUCUUUAACCCUGUUCUGUAAGAUCUCUUGUCAUUCUGAAUUUCUUUUGUGGCUGCAUUGUACCUUCAAAUCAUAGUAUGCCUUCCAUGCACUUCACUGGAACGCUGCUCUCACUGUUAAACAGCAAGUUUUAGACUUCUGAUUUUCCUAAUAAAAAUGUGAACC